UCCACCAUGUCUAGGUUCAUUCCAUCGCUAGAAACCUUCGCGAAAGGCACGCUCGCAACUGCCGCUACACUCUCCACCGUCGGCAUAUCACUGCUUUACUAUGGACAGAACUAUCUCAUCUACCCGUCCGCAUACCCCCCAGGCUCUAGAACGGAAGAUGUUGCCGUCCCCUCGCAGUUUGGGCUUGCUUACGAGGACUUGGAGCUCAAGACAUCGGAUGGAGUGACCCUGAGGUGUUAUUUGCUGUUACAGAGCCGCCGACUGUCAGAGAAGAACAGUGCUGCGACGGAUGUGCCUGGGGAGGAUAUGUCUGAUGACGAGUUCAUUGCGAGUCGCCCUACAGUGAUGAUGUUCCACGGAAAUGGAGGCAACCAUGGCCACCGCAUCCCUCUUGCGAAGGUCUUCUACCUCAAGAUGCGCUGUAAUGUGCUGAUGGUCUCAUAUAGAGGGUAUGGACUAUCUGAGGGCUCGCCAUCCGAAAAAGGAAUCGUAAUAGACGCCCAAACGUGUUUAGACUAUGUGCUUUCAGACCCGUGUCUCUCUCAAACCCCGAUUAUUCUCUAUGGGCAGUCAAUUGGGGGAGCCGUCUCGAUUGACUUGGCCAGUCGGAACCCUUCAAAGAUCGCUGCUCUUGUUCUUGAAAACACGUUCACCUCCCUACCAAAUCUCGUACCCCAAGUUCUCCCUCUCCUCGGCCCCUUCUCGUUCCUAUGCCACCAGAAAUGGGAUUCCGCGUCCAAAGUCCCCCGAAUCCCCGCUUCAACUCCAAUAUUGAUGAUGAGCGGUCUGCUCGAUGAGGUAGUACCGAAAGAACAUAUGCGCGCUCUUUUCGAGAUUGUCGCAAGGAGAGGGGAAAUAAAGACACCAGGUGGGGUAGAAUUCAAGCACGGAUUGGAGCGGGCAAAGUUCAUGGAAUUCGAGCAUGGUUCACAUAACGAUACUUGUGUUCAACCAGGAUAUUGGACGGCAGUCGCGGAAUUCAUAGCGGACUUGAGCGAUAAGCCAGUGGUCGAAGAGAGCAGUAAGCUAUGA